GGUUCACUGCAAGGGCGGCGUGUUGGGGGGUGAGGUUUGCGGAGCGGCAACCUGUGAUUGGCAGUAAAGCGGUUCACGCCCCAUCGCCUGCUCGAGCAUAACCUAAACAGCCAAUUAGAAAGAGGACUGAUGGCAACAAACCAAUGCCGGAGCCGGGUUGAGAGUGGGGGCGGAGACAAGUGGCUCAGGUAGACUCAGGUCUGGAGCUGGGCUGGGGCAGUACCUUUGCUGUUGCUACUACUGCUGCUGCUGCUGUGCUGAGAGUACUGUCUCCAGGGUUUGUCAUUUCCACCCACUGCAUCAUUUAGCCUUUUUACUCUGGGCAGCACACUUUGAUUUAAGGCAAAAAGCCCUCUCAGAUUGGAGGGGAGCCAUGAGCCGGUUUCUGAAUGUGUUACGAAGCUGGCUGUUGAUGGUAUCCAUCGUAGCCGCGGGGAACUCACUACAGAGCUUCCGAGACCACACCUUUCUCUAUGAAAAGCUCUAUACCGGCAAGCCAGACCUGGUGAAUGGCCUCCAAGCUCGGACCUAUGGAAUCUGGACACUGCUCUCAUCAGUGGUUCGCUGCCUCUGCGCCAUCGACAUUCACAACAAAACGCUCUACUACGUCACGCUCUGGACCUUCUUCCUUGCAUUGGGGCACUUCCUCUCUGAGUUGUUUGUAUUUGGGACUGCGGCUACCACGAUUGGCAUCAUGGCACCCCUCACGGUGGCAAGUAUCUCAAUCCUGGGCAUGCUAGUGGGGCUCCAGCACCUAGAAGCAGAACCAGGAUCCAGACAGAAGAAGAGAAACUGAGGCCAACAUCCCCACGUCCAAGAUGUCAUCUCCCGCCUUUGCUCGCCUCUUCC